AUGGCAACGAAUUGGUUACAAACAAUAACUAAGCUUACUCAGCUUAUAUCUUUAUCCUUAUAUUCAUGUGACCUGCCAAUGGUACUUCCUCCCUCAUCUUUCAAUGUUUCUAAUUCUCUUUUUGACCUUACACUCACUGGAAAUGAGUUCUCUUCUUCUUGGAUAUUUCCUUUGGUGUUUAACUUAAGCAGUAACCUUAGUUUCCUUGACCUCACUUUCAACAAAUUACAAGGUGAGAUUCCAAUAUCCUUGGGGAAUAUGAGUAGUUUAACUCUUUUAUAUUUAUCUGAUAACCAACUCACAGGGGAUUUGCCUUGUUCUGCAUUAUCUUCCUCGUUAACAACCUUAGAUUUGUCUCAUAAUAUGUUUAAUGUUACCAUGACCCAAUGCAUACGUAACCUUUCGAAACUCGAAUCCUUGUUUCUUUUUUCAAACAACUUUGAAGACAUAAUCACUGAAUCCCAUUUCUUUCAUCUUUCCCAAUUACAAUGGUUGGACUUGUCUUCCAACCCAGGCAUCUCCUUCAAUUUCAGUUUAGGAUGGAAUCCUCCUUUUCAACUGACACGUGUAUCUUUAGCAGACUGCAAAGUGGGUCCACAUUUUCCCACAUGGCUUAGAACACAAACGAGAUUAGAGUAUCUUGAUAUCUCUAAUGCUGAAAUUUCAGGCAACUUCCCCGAUUGGUUUUGGGAGUCAAAUCCAAAAUUAUCAAGUUUAAAUAUAUCACAUAACAAUUUUUGUGGUGUCCUUCCGAAUUUGUCGCUAAAGUUCUCUACUUUUGAUUCCAUAGAUUUGAGCUUUAAUCAUUUUAAUGGUUCAUUACCAAUUUUGCCUCAUAAUGGAUCUGUAUUGGAUUUGUCGAGUAAUGAAUUUUUCGGGUCAAUUACCAAUUUAUGCAAUGAAACUAGUUGCUAUUGGUAUUCUCUUGACCUCUCGAAUAACUUACUGUUUGGACAACUUCCAAAUUGUUUUGCAAACCUACCAAAUUUGAAAUAUCUUAAUCUGGCGCACAAUAAUUUCUCUGGAAAGAUCUUUUCACCAAAUAUCUGUUCAUCAUUGCACUUACAAAACAACAGUUUCACUGGAGAAAUUCCAACAUCGUUGAGGAAUUGUACUUCCUUGACUUUUAUUGAUCUUUCACAAAAUAAGUUGACCGGUAAAAUACCAAUAUGGGUGGGAGAUACUUGGACUGAAUUGGUGUUUCUGAGUCUCAGUCUUGUAAUGCUAGUUGGAUUGAACCUUUCAAGAAACAACCUAUCUGGAUUCCUUCCUUCGAAUAUUGAACAACUAAGGUCUUUGGAUUUUCUUGAUUUUUCAAGAAACCACUUCUCUGGUGGCAUUCCUGAUGGCUUUUCUCAACUGGAUCAACUUGGAGUGCUAGAUUUGUCAUACAAUAACUUGUCGGGCAAAAUUCCAAAAAGCAUUCAUUUACAAACAUUCAAUGCUUCUGCAUUCGAGGGAAACCUUGGACUUUGUGGUCCUCCACUUGCAAAAGCUUGUCCAGGAGAUGAUAUUGCUCAAGUCCCAGAGACUAGUGAUAAUGUUGAUGGAAUGAAAAACCCUGAAGAUGAGGACAAGCUUAUCAAUGAUGGAUUUUACAUUAGUAUGGCAGUUGGUUUCAUUUUUGGAUUUUGGGGAGUAUGUGGAACUUUAGUGUUCAAUAACUCGUGGGGGAUUGCAUUUUUCAAGUUGUGGAAUAGCGUAAUGGAUUGGUUGUACGUAAAGAUAGCUAUCAGUAAAAUCCGACUCAGAGAAGCAUUUCACAAAUUUUUGUACAAUAUAAUACAUAUAUGUGCUAAAGAAAUAUUUUUAUAUUUUGUGAAUCCUUGUAAUUGA